GCCUCCUCUGGCGCGGCGGCGGGGCGGAGCGGGCGGCGGGGCACGCCGGCUGCGCAUGGAGCCCGCCGCGGCCUGGAGCAACCUCUCCCGCGGCGGCGGCGGCGGCGGCGGCGGCGGCGGCAAUGACACGGCGGCGGCGGCGGCGGGGUGGUCGGCGGCGGCGCUGGCCUCGCAGGCGCUGGCGCUGCUGCUCAUCUUCGCCCUGUCGGCGCUGGGCAACGGCGCCGUGGUGCUGGUGAUCGCCCGGCACCGGCAGCUCCGCACGGUCACCAACGCCUUCGUGCUGUCGCUGUCGCUGUCGGAGCUGCUGGGCGCCCUGCUCUGCCUGCCGCUGGCCUUCCUCAGCCUGCUGAGCCGCCCGCCCGGCGCCUGGCUCUUCGGGCAGCGCCUGUGCCUGGCCAGCGCCGCCCUGCACGCCGGGCUGGGCAUCGCCGCCACCCUCACCAUGGCCCUGCUCUCCUUCGACCGCUACUGCGCCAUCGUCCGCCAGCCCCGCCACAAGAUGGGCCGCCGCCGCGCCGCCCGGCUCCUGGCCGCCGUCUGGCUGGCGGCGCUGGCCCUCGCCGGGCCCUGGUACGGGCUGGCGGGCGAGGGGCGGCGGGAGGCCCGGCCCGGCGCCUACCGCUGCGUCUACGUGCUGCCCUGGGGCUCGUCCCGCCUGGGGCCGCCCUACGGCGCCGCCCUCAUCGUGCUCUGCUACCUGCUGCCCUUCGCCCUCAUGUGCUUCUGCCACUACAACAUCUGCCGGGCCGUGCGGCUGGCCGAGAGCCGCGUGCGGCCCCUCACCACCUACGGGCACCUGCUGCGGGCCUACGGCGAGAUGCGCACGGCCACCACCGUCCUCAUCAUGAUCGUCUCCAUCAUCUGCUGCUGGGGGCCCUACUGCGUGCUGGGGCUGGCCGCCGCCGCCGGCCGCCUGCCCUUCUCGCCCACCAUGGACGCCGUGGCCAGCGGCAUGGCCUGGGCCAACGGCGCCAUCAACCCCCUCAUCUACGCCGCCCGCAACCCCAACAUCUCCGUGCUGCUGCGGCGCAGCCGCGAGGGCGGCUACAGGACUAGGAACAACGUGGCCGCCUACCUCUCGGCCCCCGGCCGCCGGCCGGAGCCCCGGGGCAGGGCCGAGCGCGUCCGCGAGCGCUACGUCAACCGGCCCGGCGGCCCCCCGGGCAGCGCCCCGUCCUCCUCCAGCCCGGCCAGCGGGGCAGAGGUGGCCAUGUGGGCCUGCAAGAACCCGGCCGUCCUCUUCUGUCGGGACGGGCAGCCCGACACCGUCUCGGAGGCCACCUUGCAGGCCAAAGCGGACACGGUGGACACCAGCCUCUGACGGGGUCGGGGUGCCUGGACGCGGAGGGGGGUCCAGCCGCGGGUCGUCUCCCUGGGGAAACACCCGGCAUUUGGAGCUGCGCACAGCCGGGUUAGCAGGAAACCGGCGAGACGGGACUGCGGGAGCCAUGGUGCGAGAUAUAUCUCUUUUUUCCAUCGUGCGAGCCCUGUUUUGGUGAAUGGCUCUGCACAUGGUGAGGAGGGGUCCGUGGGGAAGGGGGCUCCCCCUUUGCGCACGUCGGACCCUGGCAAGAGCAGCUCAAGGCAGCCAGCGCGAGAGCUGGGCUGCAAGAACGAAGCAGCGGCUGCUCCGGUUCUGCAGAAAGUGCUCGAGGGAGGCUGAGGGACAGACGCACGGAUACAGCACGAGCCGACGGACUGUUGUGAGCUGUUUGCUAAGUGCUAAAACAGCGACGGGGAGCUGCACACUGACAGCCGAAAGACGCUCAGAGAAACAGCGCGCUGUGAAAGUGCAGCACGGCAGGAAAACGUUGCAUUAACCCAUCAGAUGUGGAAGUGAAGAAAGUCGCAAUCUGUAGGAUGGAAUAAAAAAGUGAUCUUUUACGAUGCUUUAAAAAAAAAAACAAACUCCCAGAUAGAUACAACAAAACAGCAAUUGCUGUGACAGAUGUCUACAGACAGAAAACGUGUGCUGCUGGCAGGGAGGGAGAGGAAGAUGAAACUUCAGUUGUUAGAAUUUCAGCAGCCUCUUCUUUUUUUUUACAGGUACUAUCAGCUUAAAAAUACUAAGAAUAUGAGAAAUAAGAGCUCUGCAGGCAAAACUGAGGAAGAGGGUGUGGGUGUGGACUCUGGUAUCGCUGGGUUUGUGCACAAGGUGUGCGUUUUCUGUUUGAGCUCAUCUCACAUCUCUAACGCAGUUUAACUGUAUUUAGAGGAGCCCUGCAGGAGAGGUGAGUAUCUGAAAGGCGAAGUAAAGCAAUAUUGUGUGUCCUUUGUGUGCUUAAGCGUGUGAAAAUGUGUAUGUGCACAGAACAGGUAUUACUGGCUUGAUAGCAGCCAUCUACUGCUAGAAUGUAAUGUUUAAAAACUAGCUCUGUUUGCCACUGAAAAAUGAAAAUAAUACCAGACAGCUGAAGUGCACAGCAUACAUUCAUAUGAAUUUAUUUAUACAAAUUUUUGCCCACAGGCUCAGAGGCUUAAAGCCUUAAAUUAGUGUCUUGACCCAGAAAUUAAGAUUGGGCUUUCCUCUGUCUUCACCAAACUUAAACGAGAAAGAAAGGCUGUGUUUUUCUUGUACAGUAUUUAAACAUACAGUGUUACUGUGUUUCCAGCUUUUUCAGCUGUUUGUGGCUCCAGUGAACAUACUAUCGUUAUUUUGCAAGUGAGACAAGAAAUAAAUUAUCUUUUAUGCAGAAGAUUAAAGUGUCUCAGCCUGGCAUAAUUCUUAGCCUUGAAAGGGAAACUUCUGAAAAAAAUUGCCAGAUGAGUGAUUAUAGAAAGAGACCUAAUAGUUUGUGAAAUUUUAAUGUAAUCACUUUUCCUGCUGUAAUCAUUUCUGUAAUUUUCAUCUGUCAUGUUCCUGAAGUCCGUAAGGAAAAAUUUCAACUC